GGGGAAGCCGGGGGGGCGGAAGGGAGGCGCCCCGCUCCGCCGAUCUCUCGGUCUUGCAAACGCGCGCCGGGCGCUUUCCCCGGAGCUCCGCGGUGCGUGCGAGUGCCCUUUUGCAGCAGCCGCGGCGGCGGCGGCCCGAGGGGGCGGAGAGGAGGGGGUUGCGGCCGGGCUACUGGGGGGCGGCGUCCCCACUCAAAACCGCCUGCAAAGAGCUCCGGGCUGCAGAAGCAGGCCGCUGGCUCCGCGGAGCAAGCUGAUAGUCCCAGAGCUAAGCGGGCGCGCAGGGCUGCCGGGCAGUGCCACGGUUGCUGGUGGGCGCCGUUGCCCUCGGCGAGGGACCCGGGCUCACCAUGCCCCUGCGGGACGGGGCCGCCGGGCGCAAGCGGAUCCCCGGCUUGCCCCCGCCUCAACGCGCUCGGAUUAGCUGCAGCCGGCGCCCAAGGAUUUGAAUCCGGACCCCGGGAGGGAACGCGCCUAGGCCGACCUCAGAGUGGUGGCCCCGCGGCCAACAUGCUUCGCAAAGGGCGCUGCGUGGAGCUCCUCCUGCUGCUGCUGGCUGGGGAGCUGCCCCUGGGCGGCGGCUGCCCGCGGGACUGCGUGUGCUACCCGGCGCCCAUGACCGUCAGCUGCCAGGCGCACGGCUUCGCUGCCAUCCCCUCGGGCAUCCCGGAGGACAGCGAGCGCGUCUUCCUGCAGAACAACCGCAUCACCCUCCUCCAGCAGGGCCACUUCAGCCCCACUCUGGUCACCCUGUGGAUCUACUCCAACAAUAUCACCUUCAUCGACCCCAGCACCUUCGAGGGCUUCGUACACUUGGAGGAGCUGGACCUCGGCGACAACCGGCGGCUGCGGACGCUGGCGCCGGAGACCUUCCAGGGCCUGGUGAAGCUCCACGCCCUCUACCUCUAUAAGUGUGGGCUUGGUGCCCUGCCAGCAGGCAUCUUCAACGGCCUGCACAGCCUGCAGUAUCUCUAUCUGCAGGACAACUACAUCGAGUACCUCCAGGACGACAUCUUUGUGGACCUGGUCAACCUCAGCCACCUGUUUCUCCAUGGCAACAAGCUGUGGAGCCUGGGCCAAAACACCUUCCGGGGGCUGGUGAACCUGGACCGGCUGCUGCUGCAUGAAAACCAGCUGCAGUGGGUCCACCACAAGGCUUUCCAUGAUCUCCGCAGGCUGACCACCCUCUUUCUUUUCAAUAACAGUCUCUCUGAGUUGCAGGGCGACUGCCUGGCACCCCUGGGGGCCCUGGAAUUCCUCCGUCUCAACGGGAAUGCCUGGGACUGUGGCUGCCGGGCGCGCUCCCUGUGGGAAUGGCUGCGGAAGUUCCGAGGCUCCAGUUCUGCCGUCCCCUGCGUGUCCCCAGAGCUGCGGCAAGGUCAGGACCUGAAGAUGCUGAGGGCCGAGGACUUCCGGAACUGCACGGGGCCAGCGUCCCCGCACCAGAUCAAGUCACACACGCUCACCACCACAGACAGGGCUGCCCGAAAGGAACACCAGCCAUCCCACAGCCCUGCCAGGGACAAGGGCCACCCCCACGGCCAUCGGCCAGGCUACAGGAAGCCAGGCAAGAAUUGCACCAGCCACAGGAACCGCAACCAGGUCUCCAAGGCAGGCACUGGGAAGCUGGCCCCCGAGCUGCAGGACUAUGCCCCGGACUACCAGCACAAGUUUGGCUUUGACAUCAUGCCCACGGCACGGCCCAAAAGGAAGGGCAAAUGUGCCCGCAGGACCCCCAUUCGUGCCCCUAGCGGGGUGCAGCAGGCCUCCUCAGGCACUUCCCUGGGGGCCUCUCUCCUGGCCUGGAUACUGGGGCUGGCGGUCACUCUCCGCUGAGGACCCAGGGUGCCAGCUCCCAGCACUGCCACAUGUCCACCAAGGAACAGAAUUUCUUUUCUUUUUUUUUACAAGUGGAGGAGCUGCUGGAUUUCAGGCAAAGGCGGGUAAAGGCUUUGGCUGCUGUCUGGGCCCUGCCGGGUGGAUUAUAAACCCAAAGUGUACAGCCCCAAGCGGGAGGGGUUUAGCGCAUCACACCCAGCUGCUCCAGCCAGCCCUGACCGACCACCCACAGACAGCAUCCAUCCGGCAAGGCACGCAGAAUGAAUCCUUCAUUAGCAGCAAUGGGACAGUGCACGUGGGAGCUGGGCUGUGUGGAAUCCUGGUCAUUUGGAGAGGUCUGAAGGCCCUUGACAUUCCUGGAGGAGGCAGGACUCAGAACAGACGAGGCUCAUUCAAGAGGCUGGGUGGACCUGCUAUCUGGGAGCACACAAGCAGCUGGCAUCUGGGCUCUUGCCUGAGGUCACUUAGUCAACCUGCCCUGAAUCCCACCUUGUGCCACCUUCAGUCCCUCCCUUGGGGGUAACUAACACCUCUCAUUCCUGAUGUCUCAGGCAACCCUGGCAGACCCAGGCCCAACUGCUGGGCUCCAAGAACCAAUUACCAAAGGAAAGAAUAUCAGAGGCUGAAAUUUAGAACUUCAUCACAUGCAAUGAGGUUCUCACAGGAGGUGCAGUUUUAUAACUAUGUCCACUUAUAUAUAUACAUACUCUCUACAUAUAUAUAUAUAUUCACACACACAAAUGCACAGGUCCCCUCCCACUUCCUUACCAAACUGUAUGUCUUUUCAUGUUUAUAAACUAUAUGGAAAACCAUACCUGCUCAACUGAGGAUUGUAUUGGUGGUUUCCAGCAAGAAAAGAGACAGGAUUUUUGUAUAGAGUCCCAACCUGAUGACGAUAGUCCAUGUGUGAUGUGGGAUUGCCAGGCCCUGGGGCAAAGACUCAGUGGGGAGGGUCAGGGAAAAGGGGAGGUGACAGUCACUUCAGGGGACCAAUAUUCUUAUUUAGAGCAUCACCUUGUUUUUUAAAUGCAAACAAGCCUGUCUGCCACCCCAGAGCACCCCAUCACCCCCACGCUAGUAGCUGUUGGCAGCAGGAAGCCAGGCCCUGGAGACAGGCUGAAUGGAGAAGGGGAAGGAAGGGACUUUAGGUCUUUUAAGCUGAUGGGUGAGGCAGAAUCCACAGUGUUAGUCCAACAGGCUGGGCAAUGUUUUGCCAGUGAUGGUCUGGAAAGGCCAGGGAGACUCUGGGCAUGAGCCCAGGCCUCCAGCACGGCUCAGCUGCUGCAUUUCUCCUGGAGGCCCUUUGAUGGGCAUCCCAGCAAGGGUCCUGUGUAGGGUGGCAGGAGGGAAAGCAUCAGGUGGCCUUAGCAGAAAGGGAACAAAGAGGGCAUUUCAAGAACCAUCUCAGGCACUUCUGCGUUAUAGAGGCCCCAUCCCUCCUGGCCCUUCUGAAGAUGCCUGGGGACAGCCAGCAGCUGGGGGCUGGACUCCGCUCAGGAGCAGGGACGUGCAGGGAAUGGAGCAGGCCAGCCCAGACAGGGGACAGGGGCUCUGGUCAAGGUUGGCCAUGAUGCUGGCCAGGGCCUGGGCAAGCACCAUCUCCUUUGCUCUUUGCACAAAACUGAAUUCCCCAUCAGAGAAGAUGUAUGUGAGAAGCAAGAAACACUGAAUCCAAUUGAGAGAGAAAAAUAAUAAUAAAAAAAAUUCUCUUGGACAA